CAAUUAACCUUUUAAUAUACGCGUAGUUAACAAUUCCCCAAUAGCGUCUUCAUCGCUCUGUAGUUCACAAAAUAACAAUGGCGGCCAUGAGAGAACUGUCGAGGUCCAUCUCCAAAUUGCGGCCGUUUCCAUCCAUAAUUCCGGCACUCUUCAUUUCUUACAGAGGAAUGGCUUCGAAGCUCUUCCUUGGAGGGCUUUCAUGUUAUACUACAGAACAGGGUUUAUCGGAAGCAUUUUCCCGGUAUGGCGAAGUGACAGAAGUAUCAGUUGUGAUGGAUCGGGUCUCUGAUCGAUCAAAGGGUUUCGGAUUUCUUAGUUAUGCAACCGAAGAGGAAGCUGAGAAAGCAAUUGCAGAAAUGAAUGGGAAGCAACUCAAUGGACGCACCAUUUUUGUGGAUUAUGCAAAGCCCAGAUCGCGUCGAGGUGCUGCCCAGCAACAAUAAUUCACUUGUUGAUUUAUAAUGUAAGAAUAACUAUAUGGAUUUUUUUAAUUUCAGUUUUAGAAUAGAAAAAAUGUCUAGUGCUUCAUUCCUAAUUGAAGUGAAAAUGACACUUCUCUGUAAAAUGCAGCACUUUAGUAGAAUUAAAUUCACACCAACCUGUCUUUAAUUAUUUAUGAGCAAAAAGGAUCACCCCAUAGCAUGGCAAUA